AUGUUCUUUCAAAUAAAGAUUCCACCUGAGAAUCAGGACUAUGUUAGAUUCUUGUGGUGGCCUAAUGGUGACAUCAAUCGACCUCUUGAAGAAUUCCGAAUGGCUGUUCACAUUUUCGGAGCAAUCUCAUCACCGAGCAUUGCAAAUACUGCAUUGAACGGCCACAGUCAGGACAAAGCAGAUGAGAAGUAUGAUUCAACUGUUGGCAGCACCAUAAGGCACAAUUUCUAUGUUGACGACUGUUUGAAGUCAUGUGCUGAUGUUCCUACAGCAGUGAAGUUGGUGAAGGAUUUGGUAUCUGCAACUGGUGACGGAGGGUUUAGGUUAACUAAAUUUGUCAGCAAUUCAAUUGAUGUCCUUAAAGCUUUGCCUGCUGAAGAUUGUUCGGUUGAAAGUGACAAGUUUAAUCUUGACAUGGAGAGUUUAAUGACAAGAGCCUUAGGAAGGUUAUGGGGACCUUAA